CGGAUCCUAGUCAGUCUAGAGCCGGCAACAAGACGGUGUGCAUCGGUUUGUUGCUAUCGUUUCUCUAUCCGACUACAGCUAUCGUCCUUUCAGACAUAUACUUUUUGGUCACGUGUUCAAGUCCAAAUUUGAUCGAUCGUCAUGCUGUUCCUUGGAAAGAAAUACAAGCUGUUCAGCAGCGAGAAUUUCGAUGAUUUCAUGAAAGCGCUCGGUGUAGGUUUAAUGACACGUAAAAUGGGCAGCAGCCUAAGUCCCGUGGUUGAAUUAACGGAGAACAAUGGAGUCUAUACAUUGAAAACAUCUAGUGCAUUCAAGAAUUCGGAAAUAAAAUUCAAACUUAAUCAAGAAUUUGAUGAAGAAACGAUAGACGGAAGACAAGUGAAAAGCGUCUGCACUUUAGAGGGAAAUAAACUUAUUCAAAUACAAAAGGGAGAGAAGGAAACUACUAUUGAAAGAGAAUUUACGCCGACAGAAAUGAAAGCGAUCAUGAAAGUUGAUGAUAUCGUAUGUACAAGAGUGUACAAAGUUCAAGAAUAAAAAUUUUAUUUGAAGAAAUAUUUAACGUCCCUCAAUGAAAAAUUGAUUAACAAUGUUGAAAGUUGUUCUCGCCUAGUUAAGGGACAAUAUAUUGUUCUCAUAAAUGUUAAACAAUAGAGAAAUAUAAACUUUUUUACACGCACAAUAACACAUAUGUACGCAUAAACAUUGCUAAUAUUAUUUUCAAAGGACAUAAAAUUUCGUAAUAUAAUACAUGAAUAUAUCGCUUUAUAUUCAUAUAUGUAAAACGAACAUUAUUAUGCAACAUUUUAAAAGUACUGAAAAUACUUUCUAUAUUUUUUAUGUAUCUUUAAAUCAUCCAUAUGCUUCCAUAUGUUAUAUUUAUUACGGAUAUAACGAACGGACAUAAAGAAUAAAUUUGAACAUCUUUGUAUCAAAAUUCAUUUUUUAUAUAAAUGGAAACGAAUACAAUGAAUGGAAAGCUUUAAUUAUAAACAAUUUAAAAUAAAAUAAAAAAAUUUUGAAACUUU